AUGGUUGCCGAUGAUGCAUCGAACAAAUCACCGCUCGUUUCGUUGAUUGCAGGAGGCACGGCCGGGGGUGUUGAAGCGACCAUCACUUAUCCAUUCGAAUUUGCAAAGACGCGCGUGCAACUGCACGAACAGACGCCGACUCGAAAUCCGUUCCUGGUCAUCAAACAUGUCAUUGAGCAGGAAGGUCCGCGAUCGCUGUACAAAGGGUGCACGACCCUCGUUGCGGGAACCGUGGCCAAGGACGCGAUCCGGUUCAUCUCGUUCGACACCAUCAAGGCGCAGUUCAAGGACCCGGAAACAGGCACGCUGUCGCCGCUAAGAAACUUGAUGGCCGGGAUCAGUGCCGGUGUGGUUGCGAGUACCUUUGCAGUGACGCCCACCGAGAGGAUCAAGACCGCCUUGAUCGACGACGCGCGCUCGGAGCGCAAGUUUCGCGGUCCCGUCCACGCCACAGCCACCUUAAUCAAGGAGCACGGCGUCCUCAGGGCUCUGUAUCGGGGUUAUGUGACUACGACUCUAAAACAAGCCAGCACCACUGCCGUGAGGCUGGGCACGUACAACAUUUUGAAAGAUUUUGAGCGGCUGCGCAACAUCCCGCAGACCACGCUGACCACGUUCGCCAACGGCGCCGUCGCGGGCACGAUUGUCGUCUUCGCCACCCAGCCGUUCGACACGCUCAAGACCCGCGCACAGUCUGUUAGAGGCCAGGGCGUGUUGGAGGCCUGGAACGGCGUCAUUGCCGACUACGGAUUUCGUGGGCUCUGGAGGGGCAGCACGAUGAGGCUGGGGAGGACGGUGUUGGCUGGCGGCAUCCUCUUCACCACGUAUGAGUGGGUGGCCGCGUUGAUUCAGCCGGCGUUGGAGAAGACACGGCUCGCACCCGCUACCGCCAGGGAAUGA